GGUUUGUCUGGAGCCGGAGCCGAGAAGGAGGGAGCCAAGCGCCUAGAUCCCCUGCGUAUCAGGAGCGAUCUUUGACACCCUUGGGCAGACAGCUGGCGGCCGAGGCUGGCCCUUCCUGCUGGAGUCGGCCCAGGCGGCCGGGCGUUCUGACCGAGUGGAGGGCCAGGAUCCCGUCCCAGCUGGGUGGCGCUCGGAGGGACAGGGCUGCUUGUGCUGAGGUCGUUGUGUGGGCGAGAGCCCCUGUGUGGAUGCCAUGAUCCUGGCCAAGUCCUUUUGCUGGGGUGGCGAAUUUCCCUCGGAACCGGGGAGAGCUCUCGCUGGUCUAACCUGCCCCGGCACUAACUGGGAGGCUCUUCCUUCGUGUAGAAAUGGGCCUUUCCCCUAAUCAGGUUAUCUCAACGGAGCUCACUGAGUGCGAUUAAACCCCCAGGUUCGCACCACUGGUGACCUCUGUGUUCUGGCCUGCAACCAGAACUGACGUGGACAUUGCUACUUGGCAGGGGGGUGUAAAAACCUCACGCCCCAGAGAGACCCAGCGGAGCCAGCCCAGCUCCCAGUGUAGACGCUGCUAGAUUGACAGUUGAUCUAGAUCCGCCUCUCGGGGUGGAUUAACUACAGCGAGAGAGAGAUCCCUUCUGCCGUGGGAGUGAGUGAGCCGGCAGACUGCCCCGCUACGCCCCUUAACAACUCCACCCCCCACGCGGCGCGGAGUCACGUCCACGCAGUGAGGGCGACGCGGGGUCAGUGUAGCCGUCGCGUCACUUACGUCGACUGUUCCUGCCUUUCGGGCGCCGCUCUGCAAUCCCCCGCGCUGCCGGCACCAUCGGCGCCAGCGCUCCGGGUGAGGUGCACGCCGCCGGCACUGGGGGCUGCGUGUGGACGUGCACACGCGAUGGACUGGCUGUGGCGGCUGGACGCCAACGGAGCGAUGCCUGCGGGAGAGAAGCGCAAACUCUCGGCGAGGGAGGAUGUCUCGAGCGAUGCGGUGGCUCCUCAGGACGCCGAGCUGUCUGCGCAGCUGCGCCGGUGUCUCUUCUACACCACGGUGGAUAAAUUCAGGACGGAAUGCGUGGCGAAGAGGCCUAACCUACACCGCCACGUGCUGAUCUGCAACACCCUCCAUCGAAUCCAGGAAGGGAUGUGCCUGGAAAAGCGUCUCCUCCCUGGCCUGAAUCCCCUGACCCUUAUGCAUCCACCUCCUGUCCAGCCAGAAGUUACCCCCCCGUCUCUGGCCCGGGAGGUGACAUCCUGGUUCAAGGCGGCGAGCCAGCCUCUGAAAGGCCCGGGCGACGCGGAGACAGCGGGGCUCGACUUUUCUGCAGCCUCUGCCGUCCCCGCCAUCCUGGAGGCUCUGGAGCCGGCACGGGAGCCUGGUGGCCUGCAGGACUCGCUUGCAGACCCCAGGCCUGCUGUGGAAGAAGUGGAGCUGGCGCGUCUCUUCGGAGCCGGCUCGUCCCAGAGCCACCGGCAGCCAGACGCUGGAGAGAGCCACGGGCUGGCGACAACGGGCAGCCGCUGUGCGGCUGAGGAACUUCGCCGGGGUUUGCUGGGAAACGCCGCAGCAAACCUGAGCCUGGGAACUGCCUUGGGGGAAGCGUGGCCACAGGCCGAGUUGCUGCUGGCUAGCGCUGAGUUUGCUAAACCUGCCGAUUCCUUCUUUGGGAGCUUUGAGAUCCUGGACUCCGGCUACCUCAGUGACCUGGCCGGGGACGAUCUGUUUUCCGACAUCGACACUUCGGGCUUUGAGAGCUUCGGGGCAGACGCGCCCAGCAGCCGGCAGCCCUCCCAGGCUAGCGGGGACCCGGCAGCGCCCUGCAACACGGCGGGGAGAGACUGGCAUGACCUCGACCACCUGAUGGAGAUAGUCGUGGGCUCCUAACGCCACGCUUCUCCUGUCCGUUCUCCACGUCCAGACCCAGGCCGCUCCGAUUCCCUGCCGAAGCGCUGAGGAUAGUUGGUUACUUCUCCUCUGGUGCUGCAGGAUUGGGUCCUGCACGAGUUGAAAACUCCCAGGUACCGCAGCCGGUCGGCCCCGUUCCAACGCGCGGCUGCUGCCGAGUCUACCUGUGCCAUUGCCGCCUCCUCUCUCCGGACGGCGCGGCAGGCUCCUGCCGGGGGUGGAAAUUGGCAGCGUGGCCGAUGUGACGUGUUUUGAUGCCGUAACGCUAGUGCCGAGAGGGAAGCUGCAUCUCGGGUCAUUGGCUGCCUUCCUCCCUGAAACGCCCGGGCAGCGUCCGGCUUGCUUCACGCCGGGUCAAACGGCUCCCAUCAGCCGGCUUGUAACUCUCAGGCCCUGCACGUCGCAACCUGCCUCUUGCUUUGCCGGCUGGGUCUACGUCCUGGUACGGUGUCAGAUUUGGGAGCCAGCUUUGCUAGCUCGAACCACAGGCAGGUCUCGCUGAAGUGGCCUUGGGGCGUAUUUGGGUGAUAGAAUUUCUCCCUCCACCUCCGCGGGGCUGGAGUCUCUCUGAGUAACGGGCGUUUAGUCUUUUAAUCUGUCGGCUGUGUUCAGACGCUGCGGUGCGGCCCCUCUCCUGCCACGAGGCUGCGGGAGCGCUGCGCGGCUGGGUGGGGUUAGUCCUGGCAUACUCGCACCAUCAGAGUGACAGCAGCUGAUCUCCGGAGCGCCCUCGCUGCUGGCCUGCAGCGUCCCCUCAGCCCGCGGGCACCUGUCUGAGGCCAGAAGGAGCUAGGUUUGGCUGCCCUGAGACCACCCCUUGGUCCUUGCUCAUGCAUCCGGCUACCGGUCUCGCUGGGUUCAGGCAGCGAGCCGGCAAACAGCUGGGACUGGGGGGCUGUUCCCUGGAUUCCUCUUCUGAUGUUUCCCAUGCAAUUUGUUGGCCACAAUGUGUGACAGACGACAUAUAGCCACGUCUUUUUAUAUGCAAACUAGUCAGUAAAAGUCUAUCUCCUUGGGUCUGUUUUUAAUAUUUUCCUGAGCGCCGCCGUGCUCUUUGCAGCAGACUUUUGUCCAAAGUCUUGUCAGUGUUUCAGACCCACUCGUUUGCAGCGACGGGCCUGUUUUUUAAAAUAGCGAUGGACCUGUUUUCUCUCGCAGUGGGACCCUCCGUGCUCUGCCCUCGGCCGAUCCAGGCAUGAACGUUGUCUGUGGAGAACGGCAAAACUUCUUAAGAAGCUGUUGUGAUUUGUAAUGAUUUCUUCGUAGGCCUCUGGGCCAAGCUAGGCAGGCGUGAUCAUUGUGUUGUGGGGCCAAUGCUGAGACACCAGAGAGGGUUGUGACUCUCCUGGGCUCUAACCAGGUCCCUUUACAGGGUCUCAGGUUGGGCACACACAAGUCACUGCUACAAGUUGUGGUUUCAGUUCUCUUCUGGAAGCCUAGAAUGUUUUCGUGGGUUGCUCUGGUCAUAUACCCCUGAGAUCUUUGCCUGAGUUGCUCCAGGAAACCGACCCUCUUGUAACAUGGUGCUACCUGUUACAAGCUCCUCUGGGGUGUAAACUGGGGGGUGGCGGCUGGGAAUGAUUGAGAGGUCCAGCUUCCCUGUGUUUGGCCAGAGUCCUGUCUCCUCAUUAGUCACAGCAUGGACAAUCACGCCUGCCCUGCCCAAGAGACUAGCCCUUGAGUCUGAUUUUUUCAGACGUGCUUCAGCCCCCUCCCGGCUUCAGCCAUCUUCCCUGGUGCUCAGGUGUUCAGCAGAUCUGGGCUGAUCCGAGGGGUGUCUGCACUCCCAGGAAUCUGGCCUUAAGGAACCCGAAGGCCUGGUGGGUGUUGACGUUUCAUGAGAAUACACGGAAAUGUGAGAUUCGUGCCAGAUGCACGUGCCUUGGAAGACCGAGCGUUCCCGGGGAGGUUUGCCAUGUGUGAGAGAGGCCCAUCUUGGUAUACUGCUCGGCCAGGGCUGGGGGGCCACGGUAGAACUGCCCCUGUUCAGCGUUAGGAUUAUUACUCCGCUUUGCUAUCAGCCGCAGGCAGCGAACGCACUCUGUCCUAUUGGUACCUCAUAACGGAACAAAACGCCGGCACCUUCUCCCAGAAUACUCGGCGCUGUACAGAGAUGUGUAGCCUGGCCAUUGCAAUCUCCAGCUGCGUUAGCGACGGGACUCUCAAACUCCUGUUUAAAUCGCGUUUGGCCCGAGUGUGGAGCAGGGCUCGGGGCGGAGAAGUGGAUGCACAAGGAGAUCUAGUAGCUUUUGUUCUUAACCGAAAUGACGUGACCUUUAACUAAAGCCCUGGUGAAGCAACGAGCUUCGUUUAUCUUGCAGUGUUGUGUGCGCGCGUUUCAAUCUGUAAUUUGCCCCUUGCGGGUAACUGCGUUUUUUCAUACCUGACAAGCUCAAAUCGUGCUGUAAUCUGGGUAUAAAGGAUUCAAAUAUCAGUGUUAAAGCACCCACGUGUGGCUCUGCUGAGAAACUCUAGGGCAAAUGCUCCUUAUGCAGAUCGGCAUAAUUCAACUGGUCUGUCGAGUUGCUCUACCUGAAUUGUUAGUUGAAACUCAAGUCUCUUACACUGAUUGCACCUGUCUUGUUAAACGCGAUGGAAUGAACGGUAGCGCUGUCUGCUCAGACAGAUGGGCACAUGUUGAAACAAACUGUGCUGGCAAAACUAGCAAUGCAGGUUACUUUCAAAGGGUCACUUCUAUACUUUACUUUCCUUUGUGAAUAAAGGUAUUGGCUCCAUGGAGGAGUGAGCGUUCUUCUUUCCCAGUGCGCCGAUCACACGGGAGUGUCUGACGGGAGCUGCAGGGUUUCACUGGGGGUUAGACUAGGGAUGGUGGGGAAAGGCUCCUUUUAAUUCUCCUCACUGAACUAUCUAGGAAGGUUGAUCUGGGGGCUGCAGGUAGGAAUGGUUGGGUGGGAUUCUCGGCUCGACAUUCUGCAGGAGAUCAGACUUGGGCGUACAAAACAAGUGACCUAGAAAUGAAAGGCUCCAUAUCCCAGUGUAUCUCCCGGUGCUCUCCACCCCCUCGAGGGGCCUGGACUAACAGUGUCCUUUAAAUAAACAGCUGCCCUGUGCUUUCUGGCCAUAGCAGAAUUUCCUCCUUGCCUUUUGAGCUCUGCUCUAGCUCCUUACUACCCGAGCCCCAUGUAGGAAGCCAAGCGAUGCGCGAAUCGGUAGGUCUCACAUUUGCUUUCCUUUUGCGCACACGCUGUAGUAGCGCUGGCCACAGCCAGGACUUGUCCGCGAGAUGCUGAGUGAAAAGACGAGGGAAGAAAUUGCUCUAUGUGUGGGACUUUUUCCCAAAUCUCAUUUGUGGUUUGUUUUCAGAUUUUGCCCGUCUCGAAGCCGGUAGGAAAUGGCUCUCCCCUAAAAACUGGUCUUUGCCCUUGCCCGGCCCCGCUGCUGGUGUGCUAGCAUCUGGAAGCGAUCGCUGGGCAGAGCGAGAAGUUCUUUCUGCUGCAGCUGGCCAGUGCAGAUGCAAUAACUGCACGUUCCGGGACACCUGGGAACAGGCUGUCCAGGGCCAGAACGUUCGGGCAGCCGUAGCUCCCGCACAGCUAAAGUAAAGAACGGCUUGUGUGCCAGCCCUGCCUCGCCUCUGAGCCGGAGCCGGGCUGCCAGCACCCUUGGCAUGGGACCCAGUAGCGGCACAUCACUGUUCAUGUUAGACCAGCAGCUUGGUGAGUUAACCCUGAAGGUCCCUGGUCUGCUGGGUGGGGAGCUCGUGGGAUCUGGCCCGGGGCCUUGGGUCUGAUCGUGUUGGAGAGAGACAAGGGAGGGGAAGGGAUCUAUUCGAUGGGACCAGCGUGGGUGAUGGAAGAGACCGGCGUUCCAGCUGCUGCAGCCCGGACGAAGCGCUCGGUGAAGGUAACUGGAGUGUCACUGCUCCGUACAAGGUGGGACGGAUUGCUCUGCAAGAGGGUUAGCACCUUGCAAGAAACCCCUUGAAACGAGGGGGGUAAUUAACUCCUCUGCAGUCACAGGCCAAAGGAGGGUUAGUCGGUUGCGGAUGGUUUGGAAUGAACCAUAAAAGCAGCGUCUGGCGAGACCAUGGUUUUGAGUGUCCAGCGGAGUUCUCAUCUCUGGUUUUCCUGCGGGCCGAGCGGUCGGAUGUGGUGGGGUGGCGUGGGGUUUGUCUCAUCCUUUUUCUGACACAGCUCAGGUGAGCACAGGCUGAUUGGUGCAAAAAGUGACGUGUUUUCAAGAUGGCAUUUGAAAAAGCGACAGUGGCCACCUAGGAAUCACUUCAGGUAGCCGGGAAGAGCUGGGCUCGGGAAGCCAGGAAAGCCAGGGCCGUUGCAUUAGGCAGUCUUUCCCCUGGAUUUCCCCCUGCACCUGGGCUCAGGGCUCCCAUCAAUGCACCUGCUUCCACUCCCCGCCCAGGUCACCUGGUCUGGGGCGAGCCUGCUGUCUGACCGGCCUUUCCUUGCGGUGCCAGCGCCGGGUGCCUGGGCAAGUCUGUGUGCUUCCACCCCCCACCCCCCGUCUAAUCCAUGGGGCCUGAGUGCUGCUUGGCAGGGACGUCUCCCGGCCGCUGGUGGUGCAUGCAGCCGGGGGCCUGGUCUGCCCCGGAGAUACUAGCGGGACGAGGUGGGGCAGGUGAGGCCUUUCGUUGGCCCGAGUUCUGGGGGUGAGAGACACACUUGGGAGGCCCCGGGGGCGAGGGACGAGCCGGGGCUCUGGCCAGGCUGACGUGAGGCUGGUCCGAGGGGGAUGGUGGUAAAAGGCUCAGGUGUAUAAUGCUGGGCUCCGGACAAAGCAGCUGGGGACCUGCCCCAUCUCGGCUCAGGCCUGGCCCCUGUGCAGUCGCAGGGCGACGCCGGCCCUUUCACUUUCGCUUCUCGGCCCCGGACUCCUUUCACUUUCCUCUAAAUCACAGGAAUCCUGACGCUCAGCGGCUGCCCGGCCCCCCUGCC